AUGCAAUCUAACGUUACUCUUCCACCUAUCAGCCAGCUGUUGGCUACUCUGCCUUCGGGUCUGGAGUCAAAGCUUGUGCCAGGCGCAUCGAUAAGUCUCACGGCUACCUCUUGUGGGACCCCACAGCCACAGGUCGAGGCCCCUUCCUCGCCAAGCUCUGUGGCCAGUAACAACUCCUCGCUCUCCACCGCGUCCUUGUCUUCUCUGAGCAGCGUGUGCACGGCAAAGUCUUUCUUUGAGAACAGAGCAUACACCACUACCAGCGCCAUGCUGAACAGCAACGCGGUGCACAAGAAGAUGAGCUUCUCUGAGGACUUGAGAACCACUCCUCUGACCGCGCAGAAUAUCGCGCUAAGAGGGCUAGAGAUGAACAGAGAGAAGAGCAACGUCUCCUCCAUGUCCUCUGCUGUCACCAAAGCCGCUUCCCCAAGACACAUCCCUAGACCAAGGAACGCUUUCAUCCUGUUCAGACAGCACAUGCACAGGAAACUGUUCCCAAAGCUAACAAAGGACAAACAGAAGUCCAGCGACAACUCCAGCUCUUUCAAAACUAACUCUGAGUGCUCUAGAGAGAUCGGCCAGAAAUGGAGAAACCUAGACCCAGAGGAGAAGAAGUACUGGAAUGAGCUCGCUAGAAAAGAAAAAGAAUGGCACAGAAUGAAAUACCCAAACUACAAAUACACACCAACAAAGAAGAACGCAAACUCUUCACCACUAGUGUUAUAG